CUGGGCCCUGGCGGCGGAGGUGUGGGGCCCGGUGGUGUGAUGGCGGGUGGUAUUGCAGGUGCCGCUACCGGUGUGGCUGCCAGCGGCCCCGGGGUGCGACCCCCCGGCAGCGGCCACCGCGGCCGCACGCCGGGUCCCUCCCUGGGCGAGGGGGCGCUGCGGCUGCUGGCGGAGUACCUGCUGGGUUGCGCGGAUAAGAACUUGGAGAAGGUAGUGGAGGGCUUCCAGGCCACCUUCCCGCCGGGUGGCCCCAAGCCGCCCGCCAAGACCCGGGUGCGGGAGGCGGUCAAGCGGCUAGGCGCCUGGUCCGCUGCCAGCAGGCGCUGGGCGCUGCACGGAGGCGGCGUGGAGGAGGCGGUGGCCGGGGCCAUUGCGGCAGCCGCGGCGGCGGCAUCUGCAGCUGCAGCGACGCAAUUAGUAGGCACGCCGCUGUCAGGGCUAGCGGCUGUGGCGAGUCAGGGAGUGAUGGGCAGUGCAGUGGCAGCAGCGGGGGCGCAGCACCUGCCUCCCGGGGCAGUCAUGACGCCCUUGCAGCAGGGAGGGGGCGCCGGAGGGGCGGUGACGCCCACACCCACGCCGGGGGGGCCGGGAGCAGCUCAGGGCCUCCCCGCGCCCACCCCCACUCCGCAGCUGGGCCUGCCUCCCAGCCGGCUGGUCACUCCGUGCGCCGCGGCAGGUGCCCUGCCCGCCCUCCAUGCGCCCGCCUGCACCCCUGCGGAGAACGGCACUGCGGUCCGGCAGCAGCGACCCACGGGUCACCACAUGCUGCCACAGCACCUCGCAGCCGCCCUAGCCAAGCUGGCCAACGACGCCCCUCCGGCCCCCAGCCCCAUGCCAUCAGGGACCACCUCCCACCUACCGGGUCCAGGAGCCCUGGGAGCUGCGGGGCCGGGUGCGCCCGCCUGCACCCCGGUUGGCGUAGGAGGCGGCGGCAUGGUCGGCGCUUUCGGAGGGGCGAGAGCGCGCGCGCCGACUCCCUCCUCUGCGGCUGUUCUGCCGCUGGAUGGGUCGCUGCUGCAGCGGAAGCUCCUGGCGGCUGCUGAGCUGCAGACAGCAGUGGAGGCGGUGCAGGAGGAGGCGGAGGAGGAGCCGCUGGUGGUAGCUAGCAGGCCAGCAGCGGGGGCGGAGGGGAAGGCGGCUGCGGCGCUGGCUGGUGCCGAGGAGGGCGAGGACGCCAUGGAAUGCGAGGAGCCGCGGAGUGGCGGCCCGUUGGAUGGACUGCCCGGGGGCGCGAGCCGGAGCGAGGCGGACGGAAGCGCUGGUGAUGCAGCGGGGCCGAGGCCGGAGGAGGAGGAGGAUGCAGGCGGCGAGCAAGGAGGGCGCAUGGGAGCUAUGGAGAGGGGAGAGGAGGGCGCCCCGCCGCCGCCACUGCCGCUGGUGCUGCCUAAGCCCAUGCCCCCCGCUCCGCCCGCCCUACCUGAGCUCGCCGCGCUGGGCACCGCCCACCCGCACUGGCGGCUGCUGACAGGCUGGCUGCUGGGCGGGGGCGGCGCGGCGGCGCGGGCGCGGCGGCACGGGCCCUCCUGGGCUGACGUGUCGGCGGCGCUGCAGGUGUUUGAGGCGGGAGAGCUGGAGCCGCGGCUGGGGGCCGUGCCGCUGGACGUAGUGAGGGCCCUGCUGGCCGUGUGCCACCACCGCCGCAGCAGCCACCUGCGCUCCGGGGCCUUCAAGGCGCUCGGCAACCUAGCGGCGGCACUGGGCGCAGCGGCGGCACAACCCGCGACGGCAGGGGCGGGGGCGGGGACAGCUGGAUCCUCUCCGGGUCGGCCGGCCAGGCGGCGAGGUCCUGGACGCGCCAACAAGACAACGCCUGCGGCUGCGGACACCGCAACAGAGCCUUCACCGCUGGUGCUGCGACCCACGGGUCAGCCCUCCCGCUGCAGCCCGCAGCCCGUGACGCUGCCUGCGCUGCUGGCGCUGCCGGGUCUGCUGGAGGCGCUGCGGGUGGGGUGCUGCCGCAGCGACCCGGACAGCGAGGUGGACAAGGCGGCGCGGGCGGGCGCACGCGUGCUGGCUGCGCUAGUGGGUGUUGGCAUUCUGCCGCUCAGCGCCACUGCGCCAUUCGGAGCGUCCCAGCAGCAGCAGCAGCAAGAGCAGGAGCAGCAGCAGCAGGGUGACGGGGCGGAGAAUGCCGGGCCGGCAGUGCAGUCGCCGCUGAGCCGCGAGGUGGCGGAUGCGGCAGCCGCCUUCAGGCUGAAGGUGGCCUCCAACCCAGACCUCCACUCCGCCCUGCGUGAUGCCGCCUGCCCGCCGGCCGCCGCCGCCUCCGACCCCCCGACUUCCGCUCGCGCCGUCUACCGCGCGCACAUGCUGCUGGCGCUGCAGAGGGUUUUGCGGGACCCCGCCGCCGCGCCGCUCGUCACCAAGACCAAGGAGCGGGUGGCCAAGGAGCGGGACGCCGCCGCCUCGGGUAGGCCGCCCCCUGCACCCGCCAGCGCGGAUGUGCAGUCCAAGUGCGCCGCUCGGCUGCUGCAGCGUCUGGUGGCGGGCGGGGCCGAGGUGGAGCACCCGGGCUGCCGCAAGGGCCUGGUGCAGUGCGCGGUGGCGCUGCUGGAGCACCCGCACCUGCGUCACGUGCUGGUGCCGCAGCCGCCCGAGGCGCAGGCUGCUGACGGGUCCGGAGCGGCGGGUGGGCAGGCGGGGCCUGCACUGCGAGACGGCUGGGGGGCGCUGCUGGGCGGCAACGAUCCGCGCACACAGCUCCCCGCCACGUGCCUCACGCUGCUGGCGUCUGAGCUGCGCCACAUCAGUGCCAGUUGCGUUGGGGCUGAGGAGACCGCGCUAGACAAGUGUGCACGCAGCCGGGUGCUGUUUGCUGUUGCGGUGGCGGAGCGGGCGCUGCUGUUCCUGGCGCGUAACGACGCCACCGCAAAGCAGCUGCUGAAGCACGCGGAUACGCGCACGGCUGUUGCAGACAUGUUGCAAGCGAUUCAGAAGGCGAGCAGCGUCCUUGCUGGCAACCAAGACCCGUCCCUGGAGUCGUUGAUUGCACGGGUUGAAGUGCUAGCGACGGACCUGGCCUGACGUUUGACGGCUCUUUGAUAGUUUAGCCGCUUGGGUUAUUGUCCCGCAGUCUAGGAUCUUGGCGAUGGCAUGUGCUUCCGCUUUUCGUGUAGUUCCGGGCAUUA